GCCAUACAGAUCACGUUGCCUGGCCUUAGUUCAGAUGGACUGUGACGUUCUGAGGGCGUGUCAGAGCUGAACUACGUGGACUUGGACUCUUGGACUGGGAGGUGUCAGGGUGAGACGGCGUCCUCACAUCAAGCAGAGACAGACAGAAGGACUGAGGAGGGACGGAGAGCAGCUUCUUCUCUCCAAAAGAGUCUGAAGAAGAUGUGAAGAGAGUUGAUCAGAGUAAAACAUCUCACCUGAAUCAAACUCGUCAGCUCCUCACCGUGGAUUUUCCAGGGACUCUAGGAACACAGAGUGAAAGAUCAGUGAGAUAAAUCAGACUCUUCACAAGGUCAAAGAUGAGCUCAGAUCCAGAAGUCCUCCUGGGAAUUCUGGAUCAUUUGUUAAUAGAUGAAUUUAAAAGGUUCAAGUUCCAUUUGAGCAAUAUCGGGGUCUUUGAAGGAUGCAGAGCAAUCCCAGCAGGACACCUGGAGACAUUGGACAAGCCAGACACAGCGAGAUGGAUCCACCAGACCUACAGCAAUCAUGCUCCUGAACUCAUGAAACUGGUUUUAGAGAAAAUAGGAAAGAGACAUAUAUGGGAUGAACACACCAAAAAGACCCCACAACCUGAAGAAAAAGUAAAUAAAGGGGAACACCAUCCUGAAGAGGUUCAUUUGCCAGCAAAAUCUCAGGAGUGUCAGGAGAAACUCAAGUCCAACCUGAAGAGGAGGUUCCAGUGUGUGUUUGAGGGAGUCGCGAUACAAGGAGAGCCGACCCCCCUCAACCAGAUCUACACAGAGCUGCACAUCACAGAGGGGGGGACUGCAGAGGUCAAUCAGGAACAUGAGGUCAGACAGAUUGAAGCAGCAUCCAGGACAGCAGACAGAGCAGAAACAAGCAUCAGACCAGGAGACAUCUUUAAAGCAUCACCUGGAAGAUCUCAACCAAUCAGAACAGUGCUGACAAAGGGAGUGGCUGGCAUUGGGAAAACAGUCCUGACACAGAAGUUCACUCUGGACUGGGCUGAAGACAAAGACAACCAGGACGUCCACUUCAUAUUUCCAUUCACCUUCAGAGAGCUGAAUGUGAUGAAGGAGAAGAAGUUCAGCUUGGUGGGACUUGUUCAUCACUUCUUCAAUGAAACCAAAAAGGCAGGAAUCCACAGUUUUGAAGAAUUCCAGGUGAUCUUCAUCUUUGAUGGUCUGGAUGAGUGUCGACUCCCUCUGGACUUCCGUCGAGCUGAGAUUCUGACUGAUGUUACAGACUCCACCUCAGUGGAUGUUCUGCUGAUAAACCUCAUCAGUGGGAGACUGCUUCCCUCUGCUCGCCUCUGGAUCACCACACGACCUGCAGCAGCCAAUCAGAUCCCUGCUGACUGUGUGGACAGGGUGACAGAGGUCCGAGGGUUCACCGACCCCCAGAAGGAGGAGUACUUCAGGAGGAGGUUCAGAGAGGAGGAGCAGGCCCGCAGGAUCAUCUCCCACAUCAAGACCUCACGAAGCCUCCACAUCAUGUGCCACAUCCCGGUCUUCUGCUGGAUCAUUGCUACAGUUCUGGAGGAGGAGUUGAAGAGCAGAGAGGGAAGAGAGCUGCCCAAGACUCUGACUCAGAUGUACAUCCGACACCUGGUCGACCAGGUUGAAAUGAACAAUGUCAAGUAUGAUGAAGAACCUGCCACAGCUGAAGCCUGGAGUCCAGAGAGCAGGGAGAUGAUCGAGUCUCUGGGAAAACUGGCUUUUGAUCAGCUACAGAAAGGAAACCUGAUCUUCUAUCCCUCUGACCUGAGAGAGAGUGGCAUUGAUCUCGAAGCAGCCUCAGUGUGCUCAGGAAUGUUCACAAAGAUAUUUAAAAAGGAGAAAGGCCGCCAGAAGUCUUUGUUCUGCUUCAUCCAUCUGAGCAUUCAGGAGUUUCUGGCUGCUCUUCAUGUCCAUCAGACCUUCAUCAACUCUGGAAUCAACCUGCUGGAAGAACAACAGCAAACCUCCAGGAGGUCAAAAGUGUUGAAGACAAAACCUACUCUCCACCGUCUCCAUCGGAGAGCUGUGGACGAGGCCUUGAAGAGUCCAAAUGGACACCUGGACUUGUUCCUCCGCUUCCUCCUGGGUCUUUCACUGGAGACCAAUCAGAGUCUCCUUCGAGAUCUGCUGACACAGACAGGAAGUCGCUCACAGUCCAAUCAGGAAACAGUGCAGUACAUCAAGGAGAAGUUAGAUGAGAGUCUGUCUACAGAGAAAAGCAUCAAUCUGUCCCACUGUCUGAAUGAACUCAAUUGCACUUCUCUGGUGAAGGAGAUCCAAAAGUCCCUGAGUCCAGAAAUUAUCUCAAAAAAUAUAUCUCCUGCUCAGUGGUCAGCUCUGGUCUUCAUCUUACUGUCAUCAGAAGAAGAUCUGAAGGAGUUUGACCUGAAGAAAUGUGGUGCUUCAGAAGAGGCUCUUCAGAGGCUGCUGCCAGUGGUCAAAGCCUCCAACAAAGCUCUGUUGGACCGCUGUGGUCUGUCAGAGAGAAGCUGUGGAGCUCUGUUCUCAGUUCUCAGCUCUUGGUCCUCCAAUUUGACACAUCUGGACCUGAGUAACAACGAGCUGCAGGAUUCAGGAGUGAAGAUUCUGUCAGAUGCCGUGAAGGAUCCACACUGCUCGCUGAAGAAUCUCAGGCUGAGCUGCUGUGGUCUGUCAGAGAGAAGCUGUGGAGCUCUGUCCUCAGUU